UUUAUGUUGUAUGCCAAAAUUAAUUUGGCAACAGCAAUACUUACUGCUUGAAAACAAAACCUUUUUAGGAGAUUCCUCUGCUGAUUUCUGUUCCUUCAAAAUUAAGGUUUGUGGAGGGUCUUUUUAAAAGUUGAAAUCCUCAUAGAAUCAUGCAGGAUCCAAAUGCUGACACUGAAUGGAAUGAUGCUUUACGUCGACAUGGUAUUUUACCACAAAAGGAAAAAGAAUUUACAGAAGAUGAAAUUGUGAACAUAGUUGAAAAUACAGUUGAAGAAAAAUUAAGAGAAAAUGGACAGAAAAGGAUUGAGGACAUGACUCUUGAUGAACUAGAUUUCAUUGAAGAUGAAGAGGAUGAAAGAGUUCUUGAAGAAUACAGGCAAAAGAGACUUCAGGAAAUGAAAGAGCAAGCAGCCAAAGAAAUAUUUGGUGAUGUUAGAGACAUUUCAGCUGUAGAUUAUGUUGAACAAGUGAAUAAUGCUGGACCUGGUGUGUGGGUUGUUUUACAUUUAUAUAAACCAGGCAUUCCUUUGUGUACAAUGAUCAAUAACUACAUAUACAGUUUAUCAAAGAAGUUCCCUGCUGUGAAAUUCUUAAGAAGCAUUUCUGACACUUGCAUUGCAGGUUACCCUGAUCGAAAUCUUCCUACUUUAUUUGUUUAUUAUGAAGGUCAACUGAAGCACAAAUUAAUUGGACCUGAAGCAUUUGGUAAUCUCAACUUUAAAGCUGAUGAACUAGAAUGGAUGCUGGCUGAAAUGGGUGUUUUAAAGACAGAUCUUGAAUGCAAUCCCAGGAAGCAAGUUGAAGAUGUUCUUAUGUCAUCUCUUAGAGGAUCAUUUCUUGGAAAUGACGAUUGGUAACCAUGUUGUUCAAAGAGCUUUUAUUUAUAAUAAAAAAAGGAUCCCUUUUAA